CUAAAAUUGAUUUAUUGCUACUUAAAUAGGAUGGUUUAGCAAUUAAAAAUCUUCAAAUCGUCUUUAAUGAAUCUUCCCAGGCGUCGUGAAAACAAUUACUUGGGCAUUUGAGAGAACGUUUCUUCGAAACGAUUAUCAACAUGUUGGCCGCACUGAAAUGAAAGUAUUUUGAUCAAAUGACAAAUUAGUCAUCGAUAGUUGUUUGCUUUGCGAGGUAUGUUAUUGGUAAAUAAUAAUCCGUUAUUUACCCAAUAUGGCAAAAAACACCCAGGACGUUGUUUACGAGGGAUGGUUGACGAAAUCGCCUCCAACUAAACGGAUUUUCAGAGCGAGGUGGAGGAAACGCUAUUUUUUAUUGACAAACACAGGUGAACUGCCAGGGCAAUACAUCCUCACAUACUAUGCCGACAGGCACUGUAGAAAACAAAAAGGCAUUAUUAAUUUGGACACCUGUGAACAAGUCGAUUUAGGUUUGAAAUUCCAAGAACGUAAACUAAAGUUUGAUCACGUGUUUGAUAUUAAAACACCCGGUAGAACGUAUUAUUUAGCAGCAGAAACUGAAGAAGAAAUGCAAAAAUGGGUGGACAAUAUUUGUAAAGUUUGUGGGCUGAAAUCGUCUGAUGACUCAAAUGAUAUAGAGAUCAAGGAAGAAUCUCAGGAUGGAACUUUGACUAGAAAUAACUCCACAACAACCCCUGUGUCUCCAGUGAGUACCAACCCAUAUAUACCUAUAUCAGAGUGUAUUACUGGGAAAUCCCCUAUAAUUGACCCAAAGGACUUUCACAAGUUACUACAAUACAACAUAAAAAACACCCCGUAUAUCAACGAAAGUCAAUUUAACGAUUCAUAUGACUCUUCUUCGCACAAACAAUACAUGAAUUAUGUGAACGAUACUCUAGAUCCCAGGUUUUAUGAUUCCCCUAGGAAAUUAGUACCUACGGAUUUUUCGAAACGCGAUUACCAAAAUACAUCCCCAUUACAAAGUCCAACAGACACUGACAGUGUUUUUACUGAUGAAGACUGGGUGCAUAAUGUCUCAAUUAAUACUUCUACAACAUCUAGACCAUCCGAAUCCUCCAACGAUAUAGAGGUUCCAGCAGUGCAAAAAUACACAAAAUCUUCUAAAAAUGUGGUUUCUGCCCCACCAAGGCCCCCAAAACCAUCCCAUAUAGCCCCAAAUUCGUUACCAUGUUACCUGAAUCUAACACCUACUAAGUCAAGCAAAGAAAAUAUUGAGGUAGAAACCAACACAUCCAAAACUAACAAAGAUGUGGAGAAAGUCAUAAUAACCGACGACAUGUACGACUUCCCGCGCUCGCACAACAUCGACUCGGACACGCUGAAAAGCCAAGUCUCGCGCAAGCACUGCUACAGCAACGCGGCACCCUCGCAGAUCGAGGGCACCGUGUUCUCGUACGACCUGCCCGAUCCCUGCGACGAGGCCGCUAAAGCGUCGUGCGCGGACGACGAGGAGCCGGCCUCGCCGCACUCGCAGACCUCGAGCAAGUCGGCCUACUCGAACCUGCCGAGCCCGCUGCUGGCCGAGACGAUGCCGCCGCCGAAGGUGAACAGGGGCCUGAAGCCGAAGCGCAAGCUGUCCGACUCGCUCUCGGUCUCCUCGGCGCAGGACCCGCCGUCGCCACGCGCAAACGCUCCCAGCGUCGACAGGAAGCUGAAGCCGCCCACGCCGCUGCAGGAGCGGCACGCGCGAAAAACCUUCCACGCGGAGGAGGACGGCCGCAAAAUACGGGCCGGCCCGAGCCCGGUCCCGAUGCUGGGCCGGUCGCACGAAUCCCUCCUCAGCAAACCCGACGCCUUCUACGAGACGAUGGGCAAGAUGCACUACCUGGACCUCGAUCUCGACUCCAACAACCCCGACGGGACGAUGCGGUCCAGAUCGUUCAGGGAAAGCGAAUCCGACACGGUCUACAAGAAAGUGGACUUUAUACAAACCGAGGCCUUCAAGAAGACCAGGAAUAAUUUGGAGAAGGAGCGGCAAGAGCCCGUUCUGUUUAAGAAAUAAUGUUUUCCUCAGUAAGUGCAUUUAUCAUUUUUUUUUAAAUAAUACACACAAAAUACCCACAGCAGAAAUAC